GUUCGACCGCGCACUGAAAAAGCGCAGAAACCGCUCACCUGGCAGUCUCAUGCAUUCUCGCUGCUGCCUGGAUUUGUAUAGUUCAGAUGAUUCCAGCUGGGAUCUUUGCCAAUCAUCUGCCGACUGGGACCGAUCGCCAUCAGCACGCAACUCGCGACUUCGUGAUCCGCACAUCAGGUGUGAUAGAAACCUAGGCUGGAGUAUCGACUGGGCGGUAGCAUAUCUGGUGGCCUUCCUGGAUGGGAAAAACUCACCGGAUGCUCCUGACAGACUCAAAGCUAUACGCAAACGAGCGACAGAGUUCCAGCACGAUGGACUGCUCAGGGAGCUCCCCUAUCGCAUAUUCAAUGGUCUCAACGAAACGUUGUUCGCUGGAAAGUUGAAAGGCGCUGUCUUUCUCAGCAUUGACAGCCUCGAAUCAGACGUCUCAGGAGCGACUUACACGCACUCAAAAGGGCCCAAUGCUGACGUCAAACGCAUCUCAAUCGUACUCAAUAGCGACGUGCUGAAGUAUGCCGAAGCGAGGGACAUUGUCGCAAUCCUCAUACACCACAUGAUCCACGCAUACUUCCUGGUCGCCUGUGGGCCGCAAGAGGAAGAGGAGGUGGCAUAUGGACGCCUCGGACAUGGCGUACCCUUCGGCAAAAUCUUGACGGCGAUCAAGAAGCUCUCCAAGACCAACAGCAGGGAGCUAACGCCCUUGGGCUUUGGUCACGAGCUUGGUGGCUUGCGAUACGCUCCCGAUGAGUACAAUUAUCCAAGGAAGCGACAAGCUAAGGAUCACCAAGAUGACGAUGCCUGGUAUUGCAGCCACUGCCAUUGCGAUGUCGAAGAGAUACCAAACGCUGAAAUCGACAAAUGGUUCAACAAAGUCUGUAAACCGCUCUACGACCAGCCAGAGAGCGUCCGUUCAGCCGAAGUACAAUUCCUUUUCGGGAAGAAACCUACACUCGUGGACUCGAUGAUCGUCGACAAAUACUAUAGCGUGUCGUGCAUCUUUGACAAAGCAAAGACCCGCUUUCUCAAGAUUCACAAAGACGUGCCGGAGAGCACCUUCAUGCGUUUUCUUGAGUUCCUGCAUACCGGCUCCUACAGUCCUGAUCUUCCUGCGUCCAGCAUCCUCGCUGCUGUCAUUGGUAUUGGCGCAAGGAAGGGGCCUCCAAUCAUCCAAGGCUCUUGUGGAACGACCGAGAGCCCGACAUUGGCUGACGUUCAGUUUGCCAAACUGGAUGCGCUGAUGGGGUUCAAGGAAUGCAAAGCCUACGCGCUGGAGCGUAUGAACACGUACGGUUUGAUGAACGAGGAUCCCCUUGCCGUGCUGAAGGAGAUCUACCGCGGUGAGAUCGAUCAGGAUCUCAGGGCCUGGGCGAGGAAGUUCUUAAUCCAGACGCCGUCCAGUGCUUCUUUCGAGUACCUGGGUCUGAACACCGAAAGUGCAAAGGAGCCACCGAAUUUGAUCAAGUUACUGAGCGACCGUUGGCCAUACAGAGCGAGGUUCCUCGAAGCUGUUGAGGGGAACGGGGUACUCGAAGGUGACAUGUGGAGAGCCUUGGAGGAGCUUUGUGCUAAGAGCUGGGGCGGAGUGCCCGGCCUUACGGCAUCGAACGCAAUCUUAACGAGUUUGAGGGCAUCAGCGUAUGGCAAUGGUUAUUCGCCAGACACGCUAGGUCUCAGCCUCGCUCGUCCACAUGAGACCCGGGGACUCACUUGGCCAGGCAGCUGUCAAGAAGUCAACAUCGACGUACUCGAACGCGAGAGAAGGGAGCUCGAGAGGGAGAAGCAGAAAGCGCGGGAGGCUCAAGAUGAGGCCAGAGCCAUUGUUGCAAGUGCAGAGAGACUGAUUGCAAACAACUUGAGCCGUAGUCUUCGAGGAGAAUGGGAUCGAAGAAGAAACACGGAGUGCGACAGUGAUUACUGACAUGUAAUGGGAGAGAAAGGGGCUGACGUCGCAAAAUUGUUGACGCUCAUGUCCUGCAUUCGAGAGAUCAUAUU